AUGUCAGGCAAGCCCGCGAGUGUCGCCGCGGCGCGGGCGGGCGUGGCUGGAGCCCCGCGCGUGCUGCUCUACGUGGCGGAGCCCCGCCAGUUAGAAGCGGCCGCUGCGGGCCCCGACACCCCGCCACAGGGCCACCUGGACCCACUCUACGAUCCAACCAAAGCUGUUUACAACGAUAAACAAUUCUAUAAAUCUUACCCUGAACAAGAUAAAUUCACUGAUUCCCAAAGAACAGACUAUAAAUUCUUAAAUGAGAGGGAAGAUCAACAAAGUGUCAAAAGAAACGAUUGGGAUAGUGAGUACAUAAGACUGGAUGCUGGUGAGUAUCAGAGAUGUGGAGCGGAGAUGCCCAUUGUGUCAAGUGAUUCAGUGCAAGACAGUGAGAGAGAUUUAAGUAAAUAUAUGAACUAUCAGUUGUUGGAGCAAAGUGUUUCACAUCAAUCUAUUGUAAAUCAAAGUAUUAAUAUACUGAGUCGGCCAUUGAGUGAUAAUGAGGGCAGCCCUCAGCUGGUGCGGACUGCAGAGGGUGUUGUGUUGGCUGUGUUACCAUCUCUGGUGGAAACAGAUAGGACUACACAAAGUGAAAUCCAACAAAGCAUCACAGUGCCACUCGGCUGGAGAAGAGUUGUAAACGGAUUGUCCGUGCUUUAUAUCAGCCCGAGUGGUACCGCGCUGAGCACCUUACCUCAACUUCGGGAAUACCUCCAAACGGCGGGCACCUGUAAAUGCGGCCUGCCCUGCCCUUUGCGACCCGAAACUACAUUCAAUUUUGAUCCUAAGGUAGUAAGCAAGCCGUAUCAAACAGCUUCCGGCGCGGAGCUGACCAAAUUGUGCAACCACAAGCGGAAACUGCUCGCGACGCUGCAAGCGCGCACGCACUCCCCAGCCACUCCGCCGCCGCAGACUGAACAGCUCAAGAAGGGACCAACCCUGGAUCCACUUGCAGCGAAAAAGAAAAUGAAGAAGAGGCCUAGCUUCACCCCAAAUAUGAGCGUUUCCCAAAUGAUGGUGCAACGAGACAUACCACUGAACGAUUUCAAGAUUCUUGAAGAUCAGAAAAGAACUACUUCGCCCCGGUCAAUUGUUCAUCGGACAAUGAAUCAGCAGUGCCUACCCCUAACCCAGCAGAAUGUGCUUAAUAUAGUUUCAGAAGAGACCAAACAAGAGACUCACGUUCAAAAAAGUUUGCACUAUCUAACUGUCAAUAGUGGAUGGAUAACUCAAAAUCCAGAAAAUAUUGACGUAAAUCAAAAAUCAAGCCAAGCGUUGCCUACCAAUGUGAACAAUACUAUCAAUAUCGGUAUGCCUGUAUUAGGUACCAAUGGGCAAAUAAUCGGGGUCAAUACGAGUUUCGCUAAAACAGCGAACGUUAAAAAUUCGAUAAGUCUAGUUCCACAAAAUGUCAACGAGCCCGAAGGGAAAGAAGACGAAAAGGAAACGAAGCCCGCUAAAGAAGAGUCUCAGAUUUUCUGCGGUCUCAACCAACCACUCACACCCGAGGUUAUGCAAAAAAUUAACGAACAGCAGCAAAUAUUUAUUCAAAGGAAUCAGAAACAAAUAGAGGUUAUGAAGGGAUACAAAACGCAAAUGGCAGACAAUGUUAAUCAAAAUAAGCCAAUAAUGCAAAAUCAAUUCGUAUCACAAAAUCAGCUGGUAAUUCAAAACGGUGCCGUGGUAAAAACCAACUCCGCUAAAACGCCACCGUGGCAAGUUAAGAGAACGGAAACAAGUACUCCAAACGCUUUAACCAGCCCAAGCCCAAAACUACACAAAUUAGAUCAAGUGGAAUAUGAUGUUAACACCAAUCCUGAAGAUACAACGUUGCAAAAUAACAGUUUCCACAACAAUGAGCCCCAUUUGAACCAGGGUAUGUGCUCCAGGGUACCUCCUUUACCGCAACAUUACAAUAUGAUGGGGCAACAGUGGCCGAGUGUCGAUCUCAACAAAAAGAAGGGGAAAUCACAUAAAACACCUAAAAAGAAAAAUAACCCAAUAGAAAACAAACAAUUAGUAUUUGGUAACAAUGGCCUUAAAUACAUGCAGGAUCAAAAGAAAUCAUCCGAUGAUAUGAUGACUAGCAAUGUUCCAUCUUUCAUGGAUGAUCCUAGCGGGUAUCUGGCGCAACAGACUGCGCUUUUAAAUAAUACGAUAUCACGUCAGGUUGGGGUCAAUGCGUCGUACGAAGGAAACCAAUUCGACGCCUCAACUAGUUCCUAUAAUACGCAAAAUCAAAGUGAUCGAGGUCAACCCAACAAAUUGACAAAUAAACAAUACGAGCCUGGCAAUGUGUUUAGAAAUAAUAUCGCACCUAACUCAUUACCGUCACCCAACGCGCCGGAUAGCAGCGUUGUGCCAGAAAAAACAGUCUCAGAUAAUUUGAUCUCACAAUGCUGUAAAGGAUGUACAGUCACAUUUAAAGGAAAUAAUUCCGAAAUGUCAGAUGGCCAUAUGAGAAACAAAUACAAGCAAAGCAUUUAUUCUGAUCUAGACGCGUCUACGUCGAGUCCCAAACACAAUUUCGACGAAAGUCCUGUGACGUCUUCGACGUUUAUCGAGAGAAACUCUAUGGUAAAUGAAAAUUGUGGACCAAUACAAGCGGGCGUAGUGAGCACUAGCAACGUUUCGCCCACUGAGACUCUACAGCCACCUGAACCAUCGCCCACCUUGUCGAACAGCUCUCGUUGCACAGAUACGCCUCAUAGUAACGGCAGUAAUAACUCUCAGCAGCAAAACUGCACGUUUCCUAUGCCGAGUCCAGCGUAUUCGAAUCCCGGGUCAUGUAGAGACAACUUCAACAGUAAUCCUCCAACACCAAACAAUCUCGGGUAUUCAUACAGCUCCCCUGGACCUAAUACUCAAUCGAUAUCAGGAACGCAAAUGAUGCAUUUUAUAUCAAAUCACAAUGUAAAUAAAAACCUAAUGGAAGUGGACAACAUUUCAAUGGUCGGAGUGAAGCCUGCCAUAAAGCAAGAGACAGUAAGACUCGAACCGAGACGCAGAUUCGAAAACAUGAUGCCAGGGUAUUGCCCUCCACCGCACUUGGGCGGCGGACCACCAUACUCCUUAAUACAAUCAAAUUACAUUCAAACUUUUGUAACUACAAUGGCUAGUUUCUCUGUUAUAAGAGAUACCGUAACUUCCGUUUUAGCAGGAAAAGCAAAUACAGCGACAACUUCUAUAAACGCGUCUCAGGUAAACUUCGUUCGGCCGCCGCCACCACCUAGUAUUAAUUUAGCUACUACAUAUGCUAUACCUAACAAUCAACCGGACCCAUUUAUCAAUUCAGUCAAUCUGCCGACCAGCUAUCCACUGCACAUUGCUGGUACUACAGCACAAAAUAUGAUCUCAAAGUCUCCUUUAGAAAUGGUUCAGAAUGUUAUAAGCAGCUUACCUUGCAAACCGGAAACUAGUAAUACACAAAGUGUAUCACUACCUAUGGGAAAGAGGGCCACACCCGGACAAAUAGUUAUUUCUUCAACCGGGCAAAUUAUAGUCAGUGGCAACCAUAUGCCUCCGCCACCCCCCAAGAACACUACGUCUUUAUCACAAGUGGGAUCAAAUGCAAUCACAAACGUCACAUCGUCAGUUACUCAGGUUGUGCCGGCAGUAGCGGGAGCACAACCGAUGGUCAAUCAACCUACUGUCGUAGUUAAUACUCUGCCUGCGCCCUUCGUAAUACAACCUCCGAUGAUGGCGGUCGACGGCCAAGUUGUGCAACAAAACUCAAUGCUUCCCCAAAUUGUGACAGGAGGUAUCGUCUCCGGUCAGUCAUCGAACGAGACAACCAGACAGAUCGAAGUAAAAAAUAGCCAGAGUUUCGUACAAGGUGUAGCCAUGCUUUCACCAGAGAGCAUUAAAAAGAGAAGUAAGAAGAAGAAAAAUCAGCCGGCUAAUAUCACAAAUGUCUUGCAAAUAACCGCGCCACAACAAAAUCCUAAUAAUAUUAUGGUGCAUUCUUCGCCUCAACAUAAUACUAGUCCACAAUUCUCUCCUAGAGGCUUCCAGCUUUCACCCACAAAUAAUAUUUCACCUACACCAAUGUUACAAGCGUUGACUAUAGUUCCAGGAAAAUCCGGUACUCCCGCCCAUAUUGUAAUGAAUGGUCAGGGAAACACGAAUAACUUUGGUUCACAGCAGAUCAUCACAAAUACGUCCCCAUCACAACAAAUUAAUUUAUUACAACCUGUCAAUUUAAUCAAUAACACGAACAAUGUUAUGUCAAAUUUCCCCGCCUUCCAACAGUUUAUAGUACCAAAUCUUGGGGGAAUGGUUAUGACGGCUGAUGGCACCGCGAUCAUCCAGGAUAACUCUUCCGGCAUGCCUGUACAAUUACAGCUGCAAACGGUGAACGGGCAAAAUGUGCUGACCCCAGUCCAAAACCCCAAUGUAUUCACCGCUGGUACGAAUAGCGGCGUAGUUAUUCGUCAAAAUCAACAGGGCAAAAUAAUUCAAUCUCAACACAGUCCCGGCGCACAGUUCCUAUCACCUAACAGCCAAGUAAUGGUUAACAGUCCAAGUUUCAAUGGCCAGCUGAGCCCGUUACUGGCGAACUUGAGCCCGACCAACGUUACUUUUAACCAGAAUCCGGUCAGGUCGGGAAAUGUACAGGCACAGGAAUUCAUUCAGGCCAACCAGAUCGGACAAACGUUAAUGGUACCGCUAUCCCCUAAGCAGGUGUCCAUACCGUCGGCGUCAAACUCCAGAACUAAUUCCACUUUCGUUCAACAAAAUACAACGAUAGUACAACAACAAACUACUCUAGUUUCGAACUCCCACAAUACGCAAAUGUCUUCUAUAACAACGAAUCUUCACGGCGGAAAUUCUUCGCGUUUCAACAUUGAUCCUGGGCUCAAUAAACUGCCUCAAAAGAGAAAUUUUAUUCAGAUGCAGGAAAAUUUUGACGAGCAAAAGGAUAGGCCGCCAUCAGCGCAAAUAUCUCAAGUGGAAGAGAAAAUGGAUAAUUCUGAGAGUUACGCGAAGUUUAUGAAUGACUUCAGCCCAUUGUUGGGUCAAGAAGGUUUCUCCCACGUGCGACACUCUGUCUCGACGCAGACGUUGUUGAAUCAGCAACGGGGCGGGAAAUCUCCGAGUAAUCAAGCGGUAACUGGUAGUAGUCCCCCCGAUACGACGACACAUAGCCCCCUGGGAGCGUCGGAAGCAGCGAGUCCGAGGAUAUAUGGUUCACGCUGUGUUUCCACUCAGGGCAAUUACGCAGACACCACGACGAAGUCGCCAGAGCCUGCUGACGCUAACUCUUCGGGCAUGGUUCAGUGUGUUUCGAGUAGUGAACAAGACAUGGCGGAUUCACAAGAACGCACUUGGCCACCGCUGCGGAACGAGGGAAGCGUCGACGCUGACCCCACUAAUAACGUACUUUCAAACAUCCAGCUAAUGCGUCCAAACCGUUCACAUAGCUCGGUGGAAUCAACCGAUGUGCCAUACAUGGGUCCGUCCGGGACUAAUCAGCACCAACACCUAAUGUCCAUGGGCUCAAACCUCUACGAUCGCCCGCCCUGCUACAAGCGGAAAAACGAAUUUGACUCGUUCAGGAACGAAAAGCUAAUGAGGACUAGCUAUAUGAAAGACCUGGAGUACGAUAUGAUGCAAGAGAAAACCCCAAGGCAUUACCAAGGGACUAGUUCUGAUUUGAAGUAUGAUAGACAUAUGGGGGGCCAUGAUUCGAAGAGCGAAGACGAAACACCGGACUCCAAGUUUCAAGUUGGCGAUCUGGUGUGGGGUCCAGUUAAGGGGUAUGUCUCGUGGCCGGGAAAAUUGGUUGGAAGAUGCGAGGAUGGAAAAUGGAAUGUGAGGUGGUUCGGUGGAGAUAAGGCGCCGAGCAAUGUGGAAGAUGGGAGACUGCUUACGUUAACUGAAGGCCUCGAGGCGCACCACGCGGCGAGAACAAAGCACAGGAAGAGCAGAAAAUUGAACACCCUUCUGGAGAAUGCCAUACAAGAAGCCAUGUCGGAGUUGGAUAAGAAAAGCGACCGGGAACCCAGCGCAGAACCCAGUACUGAGCGCAGUGCCGACAUCAGCUCAGAAGAUGAAAUUGUAGAAACUCCUCGAAGAAAGAAAGAUAAAUUGAAGAAGUUUAAGAAAAACAUUCAAAAGGUAGAUGGCACACGUUUGAGGAAUUCUCGAUGA